UCUCUUGCACUGUGACGCUAGUAGGUGAUGUGCACAGUUUCCGAUAUGCAUUAUGUUGUUCGUGUUUUGAAGAAAAGUAUUUUACGCUGAUUUUUUUUUAUUGCUGAGGUUAAGUGUUUUAGAUCUUCAAGAUGCCGGCCUGUAUUUCUGUUGAGGAAUACAUGCGGGAGGUGAAGGAAGAUAUUGACUCUCCUCCAACAAGCAAUUUCGUCAACAAGAUGGGACAAUGCAGACAGACUGUCCACGAUUUGGAAGAGAGCCUGGAUAAGGAUCGCGAGGGCUUGUCUCGUAUGAAGAAGGCUGUCAAAAACAUGUACGUCACAGGACAAACGUUCGUGUCGGCGGGGCAGGACCUAAGCGAGGGCCUGCAGAAGCUGAAGCAGCUGGGGUGGCGGGAGGACGAGCAGCAGCUCAGCGAGGCCUGCAACAAGUUCUCUGUAGUCAUCCGCGAGCACUCGCAGCUACUGGCCCAGCUCCUAACGAACCAACGGAACUAUUUACUCAACCCUCUGGACAGCGCUUUGAAGGGCGAGCUGAAGGGCGUGAAGGGCGACCUUAAAAGGCCUUUUGACAAAGCUGCUAAAGACUAUGAUACUAAAUUCUCAAAGAUCGAGAAGGAGCGCAAACAACAGGCUAAAGAGGCGGGACUAAUCAAGAACGCGGUGGGGCCCUCAGAAAUCGCUGAAGACAUGAGCAAAGAGCGACGUUUGUUUCAGCUACACAUGUGCGAGUAUCUCAUCAAAGUCAAUGAAAUUAAGACGAAAAAAGGCGUGGAGUUUCUUCAGAAGCUCGUCGAAUAUUACUACGCUUACUGCAAAUACUUCGAGGAAGGUUUGAAGACGUGGGAGCAUUUCGGCACGUACGUGUCUGAGCUGAGCGACCGUCUGAAGGAGGUGCGGCACCGACACGAGGAGGAACGACGGCUGCUCGUCGAGACACGAACACUUAUCAAGAACAGCCUCACGUCUGAGAACUGUGACGGCACUCAGCCAGGGACAGGUGGUGCAGGCGGGUAUCUUUUGCACCAGCCGUGCGGCAACGAGAUGGACGGCACCAACAAGACGGGCUACCUCUUCAAAAAAAGCGACAGCAAAGUACGACGCGUGUGGCAGAAGAGGCUGUGCGAGGUACGGGAGAGCGUGCUGCUCAUAUACCACAGUGACACCACCGCGGCGCCUGUCAGCGUGCCGCUACUCACGUGUCAAGUCAAGCCACAUCCUGACGACCCCAAGUGCUUCCAUCUCGUGUCGUAUAACCGCACAUACCACCUCAUGGGUGAGAGCGAAGCUGACACGAAUUUAUGGAUAUCCGUGCUGCGCAACAGUAAAGAAGGGGCGCUGCAGAAAGCCUUCCUGGAGGAGCGGAGCGGCAGUUUGAGUGGCGCUAGUGAAGGAGGCCGGGAUGAGGGAGGAGGAGGCUCGUUCAGAGAACUGCAGCAGCGCAUCAUAUCUUAUGUGUUGGCCCUGCCUGGCAACAACCAUUGUUGUGACUGCAACGGCACCAAUGACGUGACAUGGCUGUCUACAAACUACGGCAUCGUUGUAUGCAUAGAAUGUUCAGGCAUACACCGAGACAUGGGCGUCCAUGUGUCCAGAAUACAGAGCCUCACGCUCGACAAGAUUGGCACAGCUCAGCUGCUGUUGGCACGGCACUUGGGCAACACGUUAUUUAACCGCAUCAUGGAGGCCUCGGAACACAUCAACAAACCUGCACCCUCAAGCUCCAUGGAAGAGCGGCGGGAAUUUAUUCAGUCGAAAUACUUACGUAAGGCGUUCGUCGCUCCCUGCGCUCCGGGCGUUUCACCCCAGCAGCUGCUGCAGGAAGGUCUCAGCUCCAACAGCCUCAUAGAUGUCAUCACUGCCUUCAUGCAGGGAGCAGAUCUGAAUGCAAGCAUCAACGCUCUGGGAGAGACAGCCCUCCACGUAGCCAUCGAAUGCGGCGUUUCGCUUCCACUCUUUGACUUCCUUCUCCAGAAUUCAAGAUCUCUUAAUGCUCAGACAAGCGAAGGCAACACUGGACUGCACUACUGCGUGAUCCAUGGACGCAGCGAGUGUCUGCGUCUGCUGCUGCGUGUGGACGCUGACCCCAGCCUCACCAACACCAACGCUAAGACCGCCCUCGACAUCGCUAAGGAACGCGGCGCUAAGCUCUUCGUGCAUAUGUUGGAGCAUCCGCCCAGUGGGCAGAAGAAAUCACUUUUUGACAACGUGGAGUUUGAGUGGAACCUCGACGACGAUAACUUCACUGACGUGUCUGAUGAUGACGACGGCUGGCGGAACGGAGAGCUGCUGACGCCCGAGAAGCGUUUACGUCCCACCAGCCUGCCCCCUCCUCCUGGCGACCACUCGUCUCAUCACCACCACCAACAUCACCAUCAUAACCAUCACUAUAACGCUCCUGAGUCACCUCAUUCAAUUCAUCGUCAUCGCCAUCAUGGCAGCACGAGCAGUAGCAAUAGCAACCACCAUCACCAACAUCACCGCAACACCAUCAUUGCAGGAGGCAGUGUCAAAUCAGGAUAUCGGGAUUACUCGCGCCAUCCUCGCCCUCCGGACUGCCAGCCUCCCCCUCCUCCGCCCCCCAUUGCUGCUAAGCCAAGUUCAUCAUUCCUGAACAACAGCAGCAGUAACAACAAUAACAACAUGGGAAGCUUGAAAAAGCGACCAGCUCCGUACCCUCCUCCUACUGGGACCUCUCUUCGUAGUGGCAUGAUCGUUACUGAACCCUCCAGUCACUAUGCUUCUACAUCGUGCUCCACCGACACCAUAAACAAACAAUACAACAACCGCACCACCUCAGACUACGCCUCAACUCGACGCGACAGCAACAUGAGUCUUGACAGAGACUCUUUCGACAGGAGGGAUAGUGGCGGAGGUGGCACUUACAGCACGUACAGUACGGGUCAUUACAGUACAAGCAAUGUCAGCUCUGAACCGCCCGACAUGUAUGGGUCGCAUAACUUGUCUGACUCCACAGGCGGUUACUCAGAACUGCCAGCCUACGGUAAAGGCUUCGCCGGAGCUCAGCACGCGGCAUCGAACAAACUCAAGAACAACCGAUGCCACCGGCGAAGCCCGUCUUCUGACUCAAGUAACAGCAUUUUCUUUGUACCCACGGGCAGUAAGAGCAGUAACAACAGUGCUGCCACUGCUAUUGUUGACUCUGUCCGGACAUGUUCAGGUUACUAUUAUACAGACUCGGGUGUUAGUGGAGGCGGUGUAUCUACCUUUAUAGGCGUUACUAACACUCAGCAGCUUACUGUCACUAACUCCUCCAGCACUAGCACCUCGCCUGGUGGCGCUUGUAUGUCACUUCCUCCUGAUGCAGUUUCUUCAUCUUCUGCAGGUCUCACUUUCACGACUUUCCCUUCUCCCACUCUAGGUGGGUUUCCUUACGGAGGACCGUCUUCUUUCCCUCCUUCUUCUAAUCCAAAGGGUGGUGGUGAUAUGUCAGCUUCUUCUCCAUCUCGUUCUCCUUCCCCCUCUUCUCCCUCCUCUCCCUCUUCCUCUUCUGGUUGCUCGACCUCUUCACAGCGGCUGCGCGGUGGUUGUACAGGUGCCUCACCUUAUGCAGGUACUGCGAUCAGCACUAGCACUAUUGACACCCAUUUAAGUGGAGGCCAAGGCGGAGGGGGUGAUGUACCUUCACAAAGGGCUGGGGUCCACAGUCCACUCUCUUCAGCCCCUUCAACCCCUCCUCACUCUGGUCGACUGCCAACGGACGCCCUGAACGGAGGACGCUCGAGUGAUUCCUUAUCUUCUGUGCUGUCUGAUGUGGCCGCCACUGGGGUAGCCAGCGAGUCUCUAGUGGGCGGGAGACCCGUGCCUCCGCCUAGACCGGUUGCUGGCGGCACCCGCCGUCGCCGGUGCCGUGCGCUAUACGACUGCGCCGCUGACCUGACGGACGAGCUGAGCUUCCAGGAAGGCGAGAUCAUAAUUAUCGUGGAGGAAGAAACUGAGGACGGUGACUGGAUGGAGGGCUUCAUCGAGGGACAGCCGCAUCGACGAGGGAAACUCCCUGUUAAUUUCGUGCACAUGCUCUCUGAUUGAGCUCAUGGACAUCGAGCCUCGGAUGAAUUAAUUCUAGCUUCUGCGCGUAAGCUUUGAAGAGGAUUCAUUCCCCCUUUGAAUUGCCAUGCGUCGAGUUCUAGUUUGUUAGUUUUUCACAGUUCAUGUAUGACAUUUUCGUUUCGGUUCAAAUUUAUUCAAGCUUUAAAUAACCCACCUUCAUAAAACAAAUUGAUCUCAUCAUUUUAUUUUUUUCCUAAAUUUGGCUUCCCGUCCUCAAAAUUGAUGUAGGCUUAAGCCAAAAGCACUCAGAUUUUUCAUCUCUUCCCUUUGCAGUUCACACAUUACUUUAGAUUUUCUUUCUGCUUCAAAAUAAAAUGCCUGAGUGUUUGGCUUUAGUUCAUUUUCUCUGGCAAUAAAAUGUGAAUUGACCGUUUAUUCAAGAUGUGUCCUUUUGACCUUAUGGAGAGAGACUUUGUCUGUUUGUAAAUUAUUGCUUGAAGCUCUCUGUGCGUUCAAUGUCGUCACUGUAUGAUGAAUUUAAUUGAAUAGAAAAACACCUGCUUGAAUUGGCUAUCUAUUACAUUCGCAUUAGCUAUCUAUUACUCGAGUGGUGGUAUUAUUUUUGUCAUUGCUUUAUAGUCAGUAUCGACAUUUGGAAAAUUUUGAUCCAAGGGAAUCCUUUACGCUGGCCUCCACGCUAAUUUACCACAUGCUAGAUGAUAAAUAUUAAGAGUUUCUGGUCUGCUUGCCAAUAUAUGAGGAGACAAUUCGCAGCACGUCGUGUGUCAGCCCAACGACAUUCGUGGCGCUCGUUGGGUAUUGUUCUUUAUUCGGCUUUUUCUUGCGUAAUCUGUACAAAUUCUUCUAGUUUACCAACUUAGUCUUGGUUGAUAUUUCUGCUUCCGGUAUACAAGCAUCGCCAAAAAAAUAUUUAUUUUCGUUGAGUUAUAUUCAUUAACUGUAAUAUUUUUGUUGAGUGAAUUUUUUCUAAUCUGCAUGAAAAAUAUACCCAAUGAAUUCUGCGUCUCAAAACAUUCCUGUCUUAUAUAUCAUAGUUUAGUUUACUAUCCUCGUUAGCCUGAGUUGACUACCAAGUCAGCCAAGCCGCGAGCACAAAGUAGUGUUGCAAGGUGUCUUAGUGAAGGCAUCUGUGCCAUUUAUUGUGCGUCAGUGUUGUGCGUUUUGGUGUUUGUGAA